CAAGCCCUAGUUUGACAUCGCGGGCCAGAUUACUCACUCUCGAAACCGGACUCCUUCCUUUUUUCUCCGUCUCGACCUAGUUUCAGAUUGGGUUAGGGUUUCGUUGUUUAUCUGUUGCUCGUAGGUCUUACAUCCGUGAACUUGGCGGCUUAAGGGAUCAGCCAUGGGAGUACCAGCGUUCUACAGGUGGCUGGCCGAGAAGUAUCCGCUGGUGGUGGUGGAUGUGAUCGAAGAAGAACCAGUCGAAAUAGAUGGCAUUUCGAUUCCUGUCGACACCAGUAAACCUAACCCUAACAACAUCGAAUACGACAAUCUAUACCUGGACAUGAAUGGGAUUAUUCACCCCUGCUUUCAUCCUGAAGACCGGCCUUCUCCAACAACUUUUGAUGAAGUAUUUCAGUGCAUGUUUGACUACAUCGAUAGACUUUUUGUGAUGGUACGACCCCGAAAGCUUCUGUACAUGGCUAUUGAUGGUGUUGCUCCAAGGGCUAAAAUGAAUCAACAACGCUCUAGGCGUUUCAGAGCAGCCAAAGAUGCAGCUGAUGCGGCAGCUGAAGAAGAACGGUUACGUGAAGAGUUUGAGAAGGAGGGCAGAAAGCUUCCUCCAAAACAACAGUCCCAAGUUUGUGAUUCUAAUGUUAUCACUCCUGGAACUGAAUUUAUGGGUGUCCUGUCAGUUGCAUUGCAGUACUAUAUUCAUCUUAGACUAAACAAUGAUCCUGGAUGGAAAUCUAUUAAGGUCAUCCUUUCUGAUGCAAAUGUUCCUGGUGAAGGGGAACACAAAAUAAUGUCAUAUAUUCGUCUUCAAAGAAAUCUUCCUGGUUUUGAUCCAAAUACACGGCAUUGUUUGUAUGGAUUGGAUGCAGAUCUAAUCAUGUUGGCUUUAGCUACACAUGAAGUUCAUUUUUCAAUCCUAAGAGAGAUUGUGUUCACUCCUGGACAACAAGAUAAAUGUUUCAUGUGCGGUCAAAUGGGUCAUUUAGCAGCUGAUUGUGAAGGAAAGGCAAAGAGAAAGGCAGGGGAGUUUGAUGAGAAAGGACAGUCUGCUAGUGUGGUCAAAAAGCCAUACCAGUUUCUCAACAUUUGGACUCUCAGAGAGUAUUUGGAAUAUGAAAUGAGAAUCCCUAAUCUUCCAUUUGAGAUUGAUUUUGAACACAUUGUGGAUGACUUUAUCUUCAUGUGUUUCUUUGUUGGCAAUGAUUUUUUGCCACAUAUGCCCACAUUGGAGAUCCGUGAGGGUGCAAUUAAUUUGCUGAUGGCAGUAUACAAGAAGGAACUCAGGGCAAUGGGUGGUUAUUUGACUGACUCAAGCAAGCCAAAUUUAAGCAAUGUGGAGCAUUUCAUUCAGGCUGUAGGCUCCUAUGAAGAUAAAAUAUUCCAGAAAAGAGCUCGAUUACAUCAGCGGCAGGCAGAGAGAAUCAAGCGUGAGAAGGCACAGGCAAGAAGAGGAGAUGACGCAGACCCUCAAGUUAAACCUGAAUUUCUGGUUCCUGUUUCUCGGUAUCAUGGCUCUCGUCUUGCUUCAGCGCCAACACCUUCGCCAUAUCAACAACAUGAGAUUAAAAGCAAACAGUCUGGGACAUCUGGUAGUCAGGGACGUAAAGUUGCACGUUUUUCUUCAGGAGCCACUGUUGGUGCUGCAAUUGUUGAAGCUGAGAAUGAUCUUGAAACAGAAUUGCACGAUAACAAAGACGAACUGAAAGCAAAGCUGAAGGAGUUACUCCGCGAGAAAUCUGAUCUUUUUAACUCCAAAAAUCCAGAGGAAGACAAGGUUAAAUUGGGAGAGGCGGGUUGGAAAGAAAGGUAUUAUGAAGAAAAGUUCUCCACAAAAACUCCUGAGGAACAAGAAGCAAUACGGAACGAUGUUGUUUUGAAGUACACAGAAGGCCUAUGUUGGGUUAUGCACUAUUACUAUGAAGGGGUAUGUUCUUGGCAAUGGUUUUAUCCUUAUCACUAUGCACCAUUUGCUUCUGAUCUCAAAGAUCUUGGUCAGUUGAAUAUAAGCUUUGAACUGGGUUCUCCCUUCAAACCAUUUAAUCAGCUAUUGGGAGUUUUUCCAGCUGCCAGCUCCCAUGCACUUCCUGAGGAAUAUAGGAAAUUGAUGACUGAUCCAAACUCACCUAUUAUUGAUUUUUAUCCAACAGAUUUUGAGGUGGACAUGAAUGGCAAACGGUUUGCUUGGCAGGGUAUUGCAAAAUUGCCUUUCAUUGAUGAAGCUCGCCUCCUGGCAGAGGUUCAAAAAAUUGAGCACACUUUAACGGAGGAGGAAUUCCGGAGAAACAGCGUGAUGUUUGACAUGCUUUUUGUGGCUCUAUCGCAUCCUCUCUCUCCAUAUAUAUUUUCUCUUGAUGAUCGUUGCAAAAAAUUGACUGACAACGAGCGCACGGAAGUCAAGGAACAACUUGAUCCCAGAGCCAGUGGUGGGAUGAAUGGUUACAUAUCCCUUUGUGGUGGAGAUCCUUGCCCUCCUAUUUUCAGAUCACCUAUUGCUAGUUUGGAAGAUAUUAUGGAUAACCAAGUCAUCUGUGCUAUAUACAGACUUCCAGAUGCUCAUAAGCACAUUACUCGACCACCUGUUGGAGUUACAUUCCCAAAGAAGAUUGUUAGUGUGGGGGAUCUGAAACCUGAUCCUGUUCUGUGGCAUGAAGACAAUGGAAGAAGGCCCUGGGAAAAUGGAAGACAAAACCUCCCUGGGACUAUUUCUGGUAGACAGCUUGGGGAGGCAGCACAUCGGCUUGUUGUUAAUAGCUUACAAGUAAAGGCAGAACGUAAUGGCUUUGGCGAUCAGAUGCACGCUCCACCACCUUAUCCGGCAGCUCCAUAUGGUCCACCCCUUUCUUCCUACUCAGAUAACAGGUACCAUAAUCAGGAGCAUCAUAGGAUGGCGCUGCCUAGACCAGACUAUUCUGAUCAAACAUACCGUAGAUCUUCAAACCCUGCUUCUGUAAGAAAUCAUUUUGACCACAGAUAUGAUCAGCCACACGCUUCCUCAGCUACUGGCCAUCACUACAAUAGGUCCACUGUACAUGGAUACUACCAACCAGGAUUUCAUCAGAAUGAUGGACCCGGGUACCAUCCUAGACAAGAAGCACAAACUCACAUUCCUGCUGGUGCCCAUCUCCCUGUUCAGGGAGGUCACAACAGCCACCCCGGUUAUCAAUCAUAUGGAGCUUCUAGUUAUCAUGAACGGGCCAGUGGCUGGCCCCCAGAGGGUAAUAAUCAGAGCAAUCCCAGAGGCCAUGGUCACCCUCAGGGCAAUCCCAGAGGGUAUGGUCAUCCUCAACAAUUAGGCAAUCAGUACUCAGUGUUAGACAGAAGGGCAAACAGAGGGCCGCCACCACCUGGUUAUGAUCGCCGCUAGUUGCCCUGAAAAAAGAAAUGUUGUACGAUAUUCAGUUUUUAAUGGCUUAACAGUUUUACCAUAAUGUUCUUUUUGCCUUUAAUUUUGUCAAUUCAGUAGGUUAUUGUAGGCCUUCUCAUUGAUUUGGUUUGGUUUUAAACGAUAUAUUCCUACUGUAAAUGGCAGUGGCCAAAUCUCUUGUAAUAAACCGUUUUGAGUGAACGACCUCCCAUUCCGAGAGAGGAGCCAUUUGACAAUUAGGAUUGAAAGUUUUUGUUUAAUAGUCAUUUGCAAUAUGUAACAGAACUUGUUCAAUGUUUUCCCAAGGGAAUCCCCGUUCUAGUGUAGCAUGUCGUUUUCAA